UUGACAUUUGACAAUGAUGCUUUGUCGGCAGAUGAGAAUGAAGCUGCGCGUCUCGGUCAAUAAGUGUUCGGUGGUGAGCCAUGCCCGAGAUCAGCCGGCUACGACGUGCUGCUUUGUCCAAUCAACCUGCCGACCACAACAUGAAGAACCGAAGCCAAGGCACUCCUUCUUUUUCGACGAGCUCUCGAGACUGCCGCCCCGUUGAAGUCAUCACCUCAGUUGUCAACUCGACAAUAAAAGCGCCGAAUCCAUGCUAGACAACCUCCUGUUCAGCGCCGAGACGAUCUCCCGCACCAUGAUUACGACGCUAGAUCAGCCAGAUCGUCCAAUGUAACAUGGGGCGAACCAAUCGGCUGCAGCAUGGCAGGGCAGACGAUAAAAGCCGUUGGUGUUUUCCAACCGUCAGAAGAUUACCUAGCAUUGGAAUCGGAGAAGCAAGACACUACAACGGCUACUAGAUGUCUUGUUUGUCGGGAGUUGGUUGCUGUGUCAGCAUCUUCCGCUCUUUGUUUACCUGGCGAGUUUUGAACAGGAAAUGAUGGAAGACAAAUGGCGACAGCAUUGAAAUGGUGUAACUCGCACCCGCACUCUGACGUGUUCUCGAAUACCCCCCCUCGCGGCUUCCUUUCAAGAAAGAGGUGGGUGGGUGAGUGGAGGAGGGGGAGGACGUUGUGGCAGGAGCCAUCCAUCAUGCCUACGGAAGGCACGUCGGGUAAGGUAGGUACGUCUCUUACUCUCUUGCACUCUUACACAAACACAAACAAACACACAGACCACAGUAGAUCACCAGAGAUCAACCAACCAAGAGAAACGCCGCUCCCGCCCUGAGACCUCGAGUCUCAUCAAGCCAGCCUCUGAACCUUCGGGAUGUCCAAGACACCAGAGACCUGGUCCACUCAAAAGCUUCCGACUGUCUCAGACCAGCAGAUUGGUGCACGGGGACGGUGAGCGCUGCCCGUCUCCCUUGCUCACCGAUGGAGUCACGUCUGCCUAUCAAGGCAUCAAUAAGAUUUCUCGCCAACCCGUUGAGGAGGUCACCGCCCCUUCUCCCUUCCGGGCCAUCGUCAUGCUGGCGGCCCCGAAGUGCCAGAAUGACCGGCAUAGAAUCGGGCGCCUCGUAUGAUUCGUGAUGGUGGACUUGGUAUACAAACUUCAGCCCGGUUCAGUCAUCAAACAAAAGAGAUCGCCCCGCCAGGCGCCGACAUGGCCAACAAAUGCGGGGGGCUAUCGCCGGCUUGAUCCUCCGCUCGGCGUCUCCUCGUGACCGAGCCACAGCAGCUCGCUAACAGCUCAGCGGCGCCAUCCAGCCCUGUGCUUGCCGUAGAGCUCGAAAGCGAUAUCCAACACGAGUCCCGGGACCAAGAAUAUCCAUAUCUGGAAAUGGGCCAGGAUCAUGGCGCGCCCCAAUUGGCCCGGUCAUGAAGGCCGUGGCGCGGCUUGGUGACUUGAUGGGCUUGAUGGCGUUUGUGGUGCAAAGCAUAUUCUUGGUGCCUCCCAAGGUCCAAGGUGCUCUCUCUCUCGACAUUUUGUUGAGAGAACCCAACGGUCACAAUCAAUCAAUGCAUUACUCGCAAGCCGCCAAGGUGUCGGGCGACAAGCAAGAGACUAAUGCUCUUGAACCAAAUCAGCCUAUCAAACGGACACUUUACGAUCAACAGCCGCCCACCCCGCCAGCGCCGGGAACUGGAGCCUUCAUCAACAAGCUUAUUUUUAGCGGACUCGCAAUAUGCUCGUAAUUGGGCCCUCUAAAUCACCAUAUGGUUCAAGAUAUUCCCGCAUGUGCGGAGACGAAGCUUUACGCGGGCUCGCACGACAUCAUCCUCUCCCCCUGACCCUGGUUCUGACUCUGGCUGGCCCCUGGCGAACCUCUGAGACAAGCAUCAUUUAGCAGAGAACCUAGAGGGAACAUGACUAAAUGACAGUCGAGAAAGAGUCACGAGAUGACCGAAUCCAGCAAUCUUACCGAAGUGACCCCUUUGGGGAGAUGAAGAGCUUUGUUACUUGAAGUGGUCAUGUUGUUGGAGGCUGCGGUGGGGUAAUCAUGGAGUUGGGGGGUGGGCAGCCUUAACCCUGAUGGCCAGGGGUCAACCCCAGAUUCACAGGGGGGGCUCGUUCGGGUUAGCCUAUGCUCGCAGCUCAGUGGAGCUCCCGGCAGUGGGGGUUGUGCUGAUCUAUCCAGGGACAAGGCUUAUUCACAAAAAGCUUGCUUGUACCCCGUCAUGCAGUAUUCUCAAGCUCCUCGAGGCCGUCGAUAUUGAGGGCCUCAUCUAUUUUCCAGCACCUGCCACAGAAACCAAACCAGGUUGCGGGAUGAGAUGUUGCUUCACACUAUACAAAGUUCCCAAAUGUUGAUAUGGCCAUAUCAAGCCGUCUUUUUGUGCCGCAGAACCGAGCUGCUUCUCCCUGGCUUCCAGGUCCCGAAUACGCAGCAAAAGUAUUUGUCAAGCAGUAGCAAGCAGUAGAUUUCACAAUUCAACGAGCAACCUUCACCCUCAGCUAUCGACAACUCUGGUCGGUGGCACCGACAGUCUGACUUGGCUUCACCAACUGUGUGUCGGCCAAACCUAGAUUGAACCCCCAACAUGCACAAUGACUCGUGCCCGCAUGUGUUCUCUACGAACUAACUGGACAACUUCUUGGGACCGCUAUUCCGUCUUUCCCUGGCCGCGACGGGUAACGGACGUGAGAGUGACUUCCCUAGUCGGUCAUAUCAGAUGGGGGCGGGAGAGGCAGCAGAUGCAGGGUGUUAUGAACGGAUGAAGAGGAGGGGGGUGGACCAGCCGCCCUUGGGCCGCGCUUAACAGCCAGAUGCAGCGGCUGGCAGCUCCAGCUCACGGCGUGACCGUAUCAAUGCCGAUGAUGUGGGUUGAUCUCCCACCUGGCCCUUUGAUACAACACCGAACCUUGCAUACGCUUAGUAUCCAUUCCCAUCGACGUUGGAGAACUGGCAAAUUGGCAUUGGCACCCUCUUCACACCGUCCGGCCGCCGCGCCUCUUCUUCCGCUGCCUCAUCCACCCUUUGCUCUCGCCGGCGCCGAAUUGUGCCUGAGAGACAGCCACCUCACCCACCUCAUCCACCUCACGAACUCGCCAACAGUCGUCAUCGAUGCCAUGCCUGGGCAGCCAGCCACUGGCUGAUCAACGACGUCGUACUCAGCGACGAUUCAGUCCCGAGACGAUGUCUUCGGGUCCCACGGUGCGGGCCUUGUCCUUCGUCAAUGGAACCCUUCUAGCACCCAGGUCGAACCCCUCUCUUGCCUGCUCCGCUUGUUUACUUGGCAGCGUUGCACUCCCGGCGGGCUUACCCUCAUCUUGCUGUCCCUCGAAACCCUUACAAUUUCAGCCCGUCGGCCGACUGGCCAAUUUGCGCUGUAGUCUUCCUCUUCUUCCGGGACUCAAGGGCAACUUGUGCAUGUAUACACCUGAGAUCACCAGCGCGUGCUGUGCUGCCAUGCUGGCAGGUUUCACUCCCUGGGGAGCGCUGCUUUUGCCCUUUCUGCAGACAGUGAUAUUCUUCUGUCGGACUUGUGGCGCCGUGGUAUCACUGUCUCUGACCCUUUCGUUCUUUCUUGUGUCCCAGAAGCUGUCUCUCGUUGCUGGACGCGAGAGGUGCCCGCCUUUCUGACCGCUCCUCGACUGCUGUCUACACGGCAUCGUCUUCAUCCAAGGUGGUGAAGUGGAUUAGUGGCUCGCACCGUCGAUACCACAAACGUCACCCCAUCUCUUUUAUACUCUGCACUACCGCACGACCAUACUUCAUCGGGAACAGUGUUAUCUGGCCUUGCCCCCCCCCUUUUGCCGUGGACCUGUUUUAGACAACCAGGCGACAGGAAGACGCGCUGUCUCAAGUGUGGGAAGGAAGUACCCAUGUACCUCAUCCCACCACAUCCUUGACCCCUGCUUCUCUUCCAUAAACCAUAACCCAUCCGCAUGCUGGAUGAGCUCAGCUUUGCCGAUGCUCAACAGGCACCCUGAUGAGCAUGAAUGGGUGUCUUAUCAGUAUCUCCGUCGUUCAAAAAGCUUCCGGCCCUCAAACCCGGCACCUUCCUUACCUAACUUCUCCAUCAGAAGAAGAACAAAAGCUGCAUACCGAGAAGGUACCACCUGCAGACGCUUAAGUUGAUUGCCCUUGCUCACGUCGAUCGGGCCUCGGCCUUUUGCUUCUUCAGCGUGCUUCCAGUCUCUGCUAGGCUCCUUCUCCCUUCACAUUUGUCGUCGAACAACAUCACAGGAGCGUCAACUCCUCGUCACCACCCACGCCUUUGGAUACACACAGCACUGCCCACAACAAUCUACCUGUCAUUGUGGCAUCUAGGUUCCACCAACAACAGCAAAGACGCACAGUAUUAUGGUUCGAGACGACAUCCCAGAGGAAGGACCUGGUGAUGUGCAGCCCACCAACAAGGUGUUCUGUACAUACUGCGGAAAGGGCUUCACUCGCAAAGAGCAUCUCGAAAGACAUCUUCCACAGCACACCAACAUCAAACCACACGUCUGUCAGUUUUGCAAGAUAGGCUUCAGCCGUCGGGACUUGCUGCAACGGCACAUCUCCUCGCUCCACGAACAAGGCCCCAUCGAUGCUAUCACGGGCGGUAUGAUGACUGUCACAGGACGGACACCCAUUUCGUGCCAGAACUGUGCCACGGCAAAGACAGGAUGUGACAAAAAGGUGCCAUGUACGAGGUGCGCUGAAAAGAGCCUCCACUGUGAGGCUCGCUAUGCCCGACGGUCGUCCAAGGCGGCUAUUCGUGUCCAGCAGGCACAUGCUGCGCAAGCAAGCGCUGUUGCAUCCCAUCAACAGGCGGCGGCAGCAGCUUCGGCUGCUGCUGCUGCUGCUGCUGCUGCCAAUUUCAUGGCAUACCCUGCCGCUCCGUUUGGCCAUGUGUCACACUUGCCUGCGACCAUCAACCCCUCGUACAUGGACCUUUUGAGAGGUGUUCCACUUAAGAUGGAGGAAAAGAUGGAAUCAAUCACAGUGGACACGAAGCCACACCGCUCUCCCAUGAAGUCUCCCAUGGUCACCCAUUCUAUCAGCCCGCCUAGCUUUCCCUCGCCACACAACCGGGGUGAUAUGGGCAUGGAUGAGUACAUGGGUGACAUGACGGACCCCCAGUACUUUUUGUCGCCCUGGGACACCUACACGAUCGGCGGUAUCGACAUGUACCAAGCUGAUCCUGGGGCCAUCCCGCUGGAAAGGGCUGACAUUUCGAUGGACUUUGGUGUAAACGAUCUGUCUGCCCCUACAUCAGAGCCGAUGACGGCGAGUUCCUCGCGCGGGUCACACACCAGGGAGACGAGCAUCGUCUCGGCAGCGGAAUAUGAAACUACAGUGAGGCAACGGCAAAAUCAGCAUGGACAGGCGGAUUUGUCCUUGUCGACCAUGCCGACCGACAGCUCCAUCCCCGAGUUUGAAGUUGUGCAGGUGGCCGAAGGGGCGUGGAACCUGGCGCGAUGUUUACCGCCUUUGCCCACAACCAACUGCCCACGCACGGCGAUUGUGCAUCUCGAGUGCCUGGAGAAAAAGUCAAAACAAGAAGGGACGUGGAGUUCGUUGGAGAAAUACCUGGAGCAAGCGCCAGACGUGGCUGAUUUGGGGUCGGUGGUGCCGAUCAAGGACCGCACACGUGAUCAGCUGCUGGCUAUCACGCAAGGAUUCCUCUACAAGGCUCUCGACAUUCAUCGCAGCAGCAUUCCGCCCUCCUCAUACAGGCCUGGACAUCCCAACGCCGGGGAACCUUCCAACUUCAACUACAUUGUGCUGCCGCCGUCCAAGAUUUUGGAGUAUUUUUUGAGCAGCUAUGUCAGAAGUUUGUCGGUGUACUACCCCUUGGUCAACGGGGGCGUGGAUCCCAAUGAAAUGCUGCUGCAGGACAACUUGGCCUCGACACUCUUGGUCCUGCUCAUGAUUGCCCAAGGAGCGGCUGCGAUGCCCAUGGCUGAGGCGCGAUACCUUUCGGCUGGCUUGACCGAGACGUGCCGGAUUUCGUUAUUUGAUAUUGUCGAAAAAGACGUCGAGUUGUCAGCAGACCCGAUUACUCUGCGGUGCGCUUUACUUUUCCUCGUGCUGGGUGCGUGGAGCGGUGACAAGUGGUUGAUGGACAUUGCCAUGGGUCAGCGGGGGAUGUAUAUUUCCAUGCUCAAACACGCAAGCAUGAUGGAGUCGCAGCCUGCCAUGAUUCCUGUGUUCAACAAGUCCAGCGACCUUGAGCUGGAAUGGCACCAUUGGAAAGAAAGAGAAAGAAGGAACAGGCUGGUUUACAACUACGUCAUGCUCGACCAGGAGCUCUCCCUCUUCCACGACGUCACGCCCCUUUUUGCCAUCACCGAACUCAAAUGUCCUCUCCCCGGCCCGGAGCCCCUCUGGCAGUGCCAGAAAUCCGCUGAAUGGCUCAACAAGAUGCAAUCGGCGUACGGCUCCACUGCCAACGUGAACCCCCAGCUCCUCGAAGCCGCCACCGUGACGCCCUCCCUCUGCGAUUUGUUCCAAGACUUCCUCCAUGACAACCUCUCCCGCCGCCAGAGCCAAGGCGGCCUCUCGCCCCAGCAGCUCAGACUCCUCCUCCAUCCCAUCCAGUCCCUCAUCUGCCACCUCCGCCAAAUGCUCUCUUGCUUUUCUGACGUUCUCAGCGGCGGUCCCAUUUCUCGCUCGCGCAACCCGGGCACCAUCACCCGCUCCUCCACCCAGCAGCGCAUGGACGAGGUGCAAACCCUUUUGGCCAAGUGGUAUGACAUGACGCGGGCUUAUCUGCAAAGAGAACCAAACUGCCCCAUAACGCGUUGCAACCUGGUGCUAUACCAUCUCAUCUCCCUCAACGCGACGGCCAACUUUCCCGAGAUUGAAAGACUUGCCAGGAGGGAAGCGUUUUCGGCCGAGGGCACGGACUGGUCGUGGGAGUUGAAUCUGAGGUCGAAGAGGUGCAUUUUCCAACGGGAUCAGUCGAUGUACCACUGCGGGCAGGUUUUCAAGUUGUUGAGGGCGAUGCCGAACAAUCGGCGGCCGGCGUGGUGGAGCGCGGCGAUGUAUAGAGCUACCAUGGUGCUUUGGGCCAUGAGUUUGACUUGGGGGCAGAAUCCGGGGUUAGUGGAUGCUGGCGGCGCUGGGGCUGGUGUUGCUGGUUCGUCGACGUCACCGGUUAUCAAGCAGCAGAAUCCGGAGGAGGGUGGUGUGAUUGCCGCGGCGGGGGCGGGGGCGGGAGCGGGAGCGGGAGGAGGGGGAGGGGAACAAGUGGUGGUUAUCGAUCAGAUAACUACGGAGGAGGAGAAGAGGGUGAUGCCGGUUUUGUGGGAGGACUCUACGGUUGUAGCGCUGACGAGAUUGCCGCAGCAAGGAGGUGGGACGGUCGUGAUUAAGACGAGGGAAAGCAAACCGGGGGAGUCGUCGGGGGAGAUUUUGAGGUAUGCGAUUCAGAAUAUUGAUGCUGGGUUCAGCUCGAGGGUGGGGGAUGGGAUUAAAAGGAAGUUGGAGCAGCUGGGGAAGAACUGGGACGGAGGAGCCGGUUCAGAGGUCCAUGGGCUUCCAGUCAUGAGGUGAGACUGGGCGGGUUUGGCUUGGUAGGGUUUGUUUGUUUUGGUUUUGCUGAUUACUUAUGAGGAUGAUCGACAAGAGAAAAUGGGGUCAAAUGAAGCGAAGAGCGUUUUGUGAUGGAUAUGAUUGUAUUGUUAGCUUUCUACUUCUUGCUUACUUCACUUCUUUGGUGAGACUGUUUGGGGUCUGCUGUUGCGGACUGGACUGGACUUUGGAUUGGCAGGUACUUGGAGAAGCAAACAGAUUCCAACAGGGGUAUCAGGAGACUCUUUUGUUUUCUUUCGGUUCAUACUUAGGGAGGUCAGGAGUUUAUGGUUGAUAUGAGAUUCGGGAUGCGAGCGGGCUUUGGCAAGGCAAGCAGUGUCAUUUGUACAUUAUUUUUAUUGUUUGUAUUCUUGAGGCUCAAGAAUGUGUGGCAUCUGCCAUGCGUUUGAUGUUGCUGAAGACUAUUGGUAUUUUCUGGCUACAUCUCCGGAGGUCCAAAAUUGCUGCUAUCGAGUGAUAGAGGGGUCAAACAGUUUGACCUGGCUUGUCAGAGCCGAUGAUAGACCUACACAGCUGGGGAACUCCGAGUAGAUAGGUAUUCGACAAGUACUCAUCUAUUCCCCA